GUUUGUGGCAUUAGCUUCAGCGGACUGAGAUUCACACACACAAAACGAGAAACAGCAGGAACCAGCAGCUGAAAUCGAGGGCUGAAGAGCAAAAGCUGACCAGAGCAGAGUUUGAAAACACUUAUCUCUUCAAGACUGGUAGUUGUCAGUGAGCCUGGACUUGGAGGUUUGUGGAGUGUUUGUUUGGCCUGACCUUUGGAUGGACUCUUGCUUUGUUUCUUCUGAGACAGAGAUUUCUCAUCAAAAAGGACAAAUCACCAGACAGAGCAAGACAGGACAAGUCUGAGACUGUCUCUGAGCAGUAAAAUACUACUUUUUCAGCUCUUUUCACGCCUGCUGUUAAAUUAGAUUUUAAAUUUCAUUUCACUGGGCUCCUGUUCCACCAUGGCUGCAGUGCGUCAGAUGGUUAUGGAGGCCUCUGGCUUCCACGUCCUGCCGGCUCACCUUAUGGCCUCAGCUAUGGAGGAGUUUCCCCAGCAGCUGCCUGUCCCCAAGUGCCCUGCAAGAGGCAAGAGCCGCUCCCGCCGACCUCGUGAGGCUCGCUUCAAAACACAGCCUGUCACCUUCGCUGAGAUAGCAGAGGUAGAAGAAGAAGGCUCGUCACCCCUGGAGGAGGAGAGGGCACGUCGCUCCUUCUUGCAGUCCCUGGAGAACCUGCGGCGGAGCACUCAGACCCUCCACUGCCCACCGGCUGCCCAUCACAGCUGCACCCCGACACCCACACAAGCCAGCCUGGACUCCAGUGACUCCGACUCCACCCAGUGAGGACUGGGACAAGCCAUACUCCUGGAACCCUUGUUCCUUGUUUUUCCUUGACGCCGCUUCAAAAGGAGGCCAACUGAACUGUACCAAACUGGCCUGUCUGCCAGCCUGCCUGUGUGUGUGAGCUGCUGCUCUCAUACUGAAGUCUGCUUUUAAUAUAUACUAACAUGUCAACAUACAGUAUAGCUCUUGAAGAUGCACUUCAGACAUAUCUGUAAAGGUCUCUACCACAGGCUGGUUAUACUGCUGUACAGAUAUAAUGAGUGUAAAGGUAGCAGAUGACACAGUAUUGAACACACCUCUCUUCAAAUGUAUUCCUUUUCUACUGUAGAUGUCUGAGAAAAAACUUGAAAGAUGAAAAAUAGACGAUAUUUUUCCAUUUUUAAGUUGUAUAGGUCUUUUUGUUUCUAUCCAAAUUUUUCUACUUUUGCAGUCGUCAUAGCAAGGACUGCCUAAUAAUGUUAGUAUUGUGACUUACGACACUGUAAAUGCUUUGACUAAGAAAAGUACUGAGCAUCCAAAGUGACUUGAACGUCAUUGAAGCAGUACCAUUACAAAGCUUUGUCAAGAGUUUGAGCUCUUUUUUCCCAGCUUCAGUCAAUCAAUGAAAUCUCUGCUCUUGCUUCAGCUCUUGAGCAAAACUUUGCCUUUUAAAGUCUUUAUUUAUUCUCUCAUUUUGUUCAUAACCAAGUGGAGGUGUAGUUGUGAUAUUUUAUGGCUCUUUCUGACUUUUAAAGUCACCUCGACUUUCAAAAAAAAAUGAUAACCUUUAUACUUUGUAUUUGUUUUGCUUUAUAUGUAUAUGAUACAAUGUUUGUCAUAUGUACUUUAAUAAAUAUUUUCAUGUA